AUGAGCAGCCAAGCGAAAAAACUUGUAGUAGUUGGUGAUGGAAUGUGCGGGAAGACAUGUCUGCUCAUCGCCUUCGUUCAAAAUGAAUUCAAUGAAAAAUACGUACCUACCAUAUUUGAGAGUUACGUUUCAGAUAUUGUCAUAGACGAGGAGAGGACAGUCCAAACAGCUUUGUGGGACACAGCAGGGCAGGAAGAUUACGAAUCCCUCAGACCCCUCUCCUACCCCAACACUGACGUCAUCCUCAUCUGCUUCGCCAUCAACAACAGAGACAGCUUCGAGAACGUCGAACUAAAAUGGCUACCAGAAAUACGUCAUCACUGCCCAAACACUCCAUUCGUAUUGGUCGGGACGAAGUUGGAUUUGAGACCGAAUCACGGCCAAUCUGCGUCAGGAAUGAUUGAAAAAAGUGAGGGGGUAAGACUGGCGAAGUGUCUCGAGGCAUACCAAUAUGCUGAAUGUUCGGCCAAAACGAGAGAAGGACUCAAUGAGGUUUUCCGAAUUGCCGCUCUGGCAGCCCUAGGGCAGAGGCCAAGGAAAAAAUAUAAUUGCUGUUUGUUGUGA